AUGGUCGAGCUACGCGACGACGUAAAUGGUUCGAAGGAAUGGACGUCUAUCCGCAGAAACAAAGUGCGGGAGACGAAUGGAGAUUCUGUGGCAGCACCACUGGCCCUCUCGGACGCCCUGGUCAUGCGACGAAAAGCGUGGUUGAAGCACAAGCGACCCAUCCGCCCACUAUCACCGACGUUCCCACACUCUUUAAGAGGCUCUCAGCACGAUUGUCGGCAGCGUCAUAGUCGACUCUCGGGGGCGAGUAGAACCGGACCCUCAGACGAACGCUGGCGAGCUUUUGACGACGGGGCUGGCAUCAUGGAGGAGAGAGGAGGAGGAGGAGGAAGAGAGGCGCCAACAAAGCGGACGACGUGCCUUUGA